CUUCAAUUGAGAAGUGUCACCAGUUAACAACAUCCUCUGCUAAUCGCAACACUUGCAAACCGACGAUGAUCAAACAAUUGUUUAUGGUUGUAGCGCUCUGCGCUGCUCUUACUUUGGCAUACGAGGCCGACGUUGAGCCGGUUUUCGAUCGGUAUGGUCAAGAGUUUUAUUUGAUUCCUGCACAGGAAUACCGCAUUGCCAGACAUAGAAGGGAUAGUGAUCAUAAUAUCAAGCAUAAGACUUGGGGUUAUAAUGAUGAGAAGAACGGAGACGUUAUCGGAUUAGAAGGAAAAUACACUCACAGACCAAGCGACAGCGAAUUAGGUGUUCAUGCUGAAAAAAGGCAGAGGGGUAACAGUCACGCUCAAGUGUCUGGAAAGACCCAAUUCGAGAAUGACGAUGGUAAUGCUAGAUUGUCAGUUGGAGGAAAUGUUAACAAACAGUGGAAUCAGCGUGGACAAAGCCACACUGGAUAUGGGUGGGAAGUCGAAGGUGAUUGGGAUUUCUAAACUUGCAUUGAAAUUGUUAUAUUAAGAACCAUAACGUAUUUUAAUCUAAAUAAAUAUUUAAUUGAAUU